AUGAAAUACACCUACAAAGACUCUAGUAGUAAGACACCGAACGUGACGAAAUAUAGCAGCGAUUUUAAAAUUAUAAUACCGAAGCCUGAAGUCUUCACAAAUGGUGACACCAAAAUGAUCAAACUGCAAAUUUCCACAAAUGACGAAAUUACACAGGCAAAGACUCCAACAAAUAACGACUCCGACAAUGGCAGCUCCAAUAAUGACGAUUCAAGCAGCUACAAAACUGAGAAAUGA